GUAAAUCACAGAUUUUGAUGAUGAGAGUUUCAAUCGCGAAAUAACUGUAAAUUCACAUUCGAGUGUACAUAACGAAAAUGAUAAUGUAAGAUCUUUUGCGUUGGUGUCAUCAAAACUCAAUGCAUAAGAUUAACCCGGAAACUCUGUCCUCUAAAUCUGCGUGAAAAGAUCAAAACAGAGAAGUUUCGAAGUUGAUGAUGUAAUAUAGGGCAAUGUUGAAUACUAUAAAAGAGAGGUAAGCAGUGCAAGGAGGCAAUAACAUUCUACAUCAAAUAAACGAUAUCAACAAAGCCAACAUUGUAAAAAGACAAAAUAUCAAUGGUCAUCAAUGGAUAAACAUAUUAGCUUGAGAUUUCUUGUCUUGAUCUUGAUGAAUGUUUUGGUUUACCAAGUGGAAAGUUGCUUAAGCAGAAAGCACAAAGUAUGUAAUUGUGUAGUUGCUGACACUAUAAAAAGGGAUGGACGAUGUUUAAAAGAAAUUCCUUGUUCAACUUAUCAGACUUUUCCCAGUACUGUGAAAAAUCAAAGACUUGGUUCAAGAUAUAUUAUUUAUAUGCAACAAUUACGUCAUGCCUAUCCUGCUGCAAACACCCCAUUACAUCGUUGUGCGAUUGUUGGAACUACAUAUGUAAAAGAAUUCAACGUUUGCACCAAAAGAUUAAGAUGCGGAGAACCAGUACUUGGAGUUGCUAAUGGAGCAGUAUCAAAUCGUUAUUAUGUUUGGAACUCUAAAUUAUACAAAUCUUACGCUCUACUUUGUUCAACAGUAUGAAUUAAAAUUCCAAUAAUCAACUAUUGUGCAUUACAAAUUACAACUUUACAUGAUGUUCAUCUAAAUCCAUCCAUGUAUGUAUACACGUAGUUUUACAUAAACUUGACAAUAGCUGUACGUGACGUUCAUCAAACUCCAUGUUUGUAUACACGUACUUUUACAUACACGUAACAAUAGCUGUACGUGACGUUCUUUAAAAUACAGAACAUGCACGUACUUUCACAAAUAUAUAUUAUAGAGAGAGACGAACUUAUGUAAAGCUUUUUUUGUUAUCUAUUCAUAGCUACAUUAUACAAAGGAAAUAAAAAGAUAGAUUGUUUAAA